GCGGGGCCGGUAACCGAACCCGGAAGGCCCUUGCUCGGCCUGGGCUUGAGCCGGCGAGAUGCCGGCGGAGGCCGAGCUCGAGGUGUUGCUCCAAGAGGCCACUCGGCGGAGACUGGCGAAGUUUGACCGGCUGAGAGGUAAAGUCACACAAACUGGAGAAUUCUGGGAUGUUGUUGUAAUUACAGCAGCUGACAAAAAACAGGAAUUGGCUUAUCAGCAACAGCUAUCAGAAAAGUUGAAAAGAAAGGAACUCCCUCUUGGAGUUCAUUACCAUGUUUUUGUGGAUCCCCCUGGACCAAAAAUUGGAAAUGGUGGAUCAACUCUUCAUGUCCUUCAGUGCUUGGAAGAGAUGUAUGGUGAUAAAUGGACUUCUGUUAAUAUCAUAAUAAUUCAUUCUGGUGGUUAUAGUCAACGUUUACCAAAUACAAGUGCACUGGGAAAAAUUUUCACAGCUUUGCCUUUUGGUGACCCUAUUUACCAGAUGUUGGAGCUGAAGUUGGCAAUGUACAUUGAUUUUCCAACCCAUAUGAAUCCAGGAAUUCUCAUUACUUGUGCAGAUGAUAUUGAACUUUAUAGUAUUGGAGCAACAGAAGUCAUCAAGUUUGAUAAACCUGGGUUCACUGCAUUAGCUCACCCUUCAGAUUUGACUAUUGGUACCACUCAUGGAGUAUUUGUGUUAGAUUCAUCUGCUUUAUCAGAAAAAGAGCUUGAAUACAGAUCUUGUCAUCAUUUCCUACAUAAACCUAAUAUUGAAAAGAUGCAUCAGUCUGGUGCAGUAUGCAUAAGGAGGAAUUGCUCUCAACCAAACCCCUCCGGAGAACACAGUGACUUAAAAAUGGACUGCGAGUAUGUGUAUACAGACAGUUUAUUUUACAUUGAUCAUAAUGUUGCAAAACAAUUACUAACAUUUUUUAAGCAGCUGGACACUCUUUGCUGUGAAAUAGAUGCAUAUGGUGAUUUUCUCCAGGCUCUGGGACCUGGAGCAACUCAUGAUUACACAAAAAUCACAGAUAAUGUCACAAAAGAAGGAUCACAGUUAACAGAAAUAAGGCAGAAGCUAUUUUCUCUUCUUAAAGGAACAUCACUUAAUGUUAUAGUCUUAAAUAAUUCCAGGUUCUAUCAUAUUGGGACAACACAAGAGUAUUUGUUUCAUUUUACUUCUGAUAGUAAAUUGAAAUUGGAGCUUGGCUUACUAUCUAAAGCUUUUAGCAUCUUUCCAGAUAAAGCAGAAAACUCAGAUAUAUCGGCAUGUAUCAUUCAAAGCAUACUGGAUUCAAGUUGUGUUAUAGCACCUGCCUCUGUUAUUGAAUACUCUAGGCUGGGACCUGAUGUUUCAGUAGGGACAAACAGCAUUAUCAGUGGUUGUUGCAUAAGUGCUAACACAGAUGUACCACCAAAUUCUUUUGUGAGUUCACUGAGCAUCAGAGUUAAUGGAAAAGUAAUGUAUGUGAGUAUGGUGCUUGGUGUAGAAGACAACUUGAAAAAGAAUGUGAAAUUGUUGUCAGAUGUACAUUCCCUUCAGAUUUUUGGAAUCAGUUUACUGCAGUGCUUGGAACUCUGGGACCUAAGAGUUUCAGACCAACUCUUCUCUGGUGACCAGACAAGUUUGGGUUUGUGGACUGCUCGGAUUUUCCCUGUUUGUUCUACAUUAAGUGGUUCAGUUAGAAUGUCAUUAAAGAUGUUAAAUGCUGUGCAAAACAAAUCAGCUUUUAAACUGAAUGGCUGGAAGCUCCUGUCUAUUGAAGAAAUGCUCUUCUACAAAGAUGUAGAAGACAUGUUGAAGUUCAGGCAGCAAAUUUAUGAAGAAAUCACUCUACAAAGACACAAAGAGAAGUCUGAUUUGUAGAUGUACAGUAUUUUUACACUUUGCCUUUCUUUAAUGUGAAGAUGAUUGAUUGUUUUCAAGCUUGUAAAACCCAGAAGCAAAAAGUAUACAUCAAUGAAAUCAGGAAAAAAAAGAAGUAGAAAUAAUGAAAUUGCAUUAACAGUGUUAUUGUAGCAUAACAUUAAUAAUGCAAAAAACACAGAUAAACUAUUCUUUUGAUGAAAGAAUUAAUGAAAUAUUUCAAAUCUAUGAAAACACUAAGCGGUGAAUUUUCUUGGGGUAUCCAGUAUGUAUGGGUUUUUUUGUUUUGUUUUUUAGUUUUUGUUAAUAUGGAAUGAACAUUAAUUAGGAGUUUGAUUGAAAAUUACUUAAAACUUCUUCAGAGUACAAUGUUGGCUCUUGCAACAUGGUGUGGCAUAGCAAUGAGUUACAUUUCUCUCUUUUCACAGUAUCCUUUUAAAAUGGGUAUUUUAAGAGGCUAAGGUAAUUUUCCAUUAUUUUAAGCAAAACAAAAGAUUUUUUUUUAUAUUUGUUUAAACUUUAGCUCGUCAUCACUUUUACAAACAAUGGGAAAUUUUGUGUAUUUGUGCUAUAUAUAUCUUCUUGCAGAAUGCUGAAUAAUUUGUGGAAAGAAUAUAUCUAAAAAGCUGUGAUCUGAAAUAUUGUAUCAUAAGUAAAUUGAAGUAAAUGCACUUUCCAUA